GAAGUACUUAGAUCAUUUUUUAAAAUUGGACGACAUCUGCCGGUUGGUAGUUUUAUUACAUGUAAGAUGAGUUAAUUACAAGUUAAUGCUUAUAAGGGUCCAGCGCCAUCUAUGAUAUAAAAGUACAACCUAAUAUUUUUCGCAUUAAUACCUUUACAACCCAGCGUGUGUAUAACUUCGCCAUCUUUCGGGAUCGCACACAACAUUUAAAAAUUCAAUUGCCCCGAAAGAAAGUGACAGAAAGCGUAAUCCAACAGAAACAUAACCAAAAUAAUAAAUUUAAACAAUGGCAAAAAUGAAUUCGACUAGUUUAUAUAUAACAACCACCCAAAUAAUAUUAAAGUCUGAGCCAAACAACCCGAGUACAUGGCAAGAUUUGUAUCGUCUAGUUCCUUACUUAAGAAAUUCCUUGUGUUGUGUAGUUUGUGGUAAUUUGUUAGUGGACCCUUUAUCCCCGGGAAUUGGCCGUUGUCAACAUCACUUGUGCAGACGGUGCAAAGGUGGACGUAAAAGGAUCAAGCCGGCCUGUUCGUUUUGCAAGGACAAUGUGGACUACACAGAAAACAAAAGCCUGCGAAUACUCCUACAGUGUUACAAGAAAAUGUGCAGCUCGCUAAUAAACUCGCCGAUAUUUCGCGGUCUGAAGGAGCAGGCCAACAAAACUCAGGCCACGGGAGUGGAAAGGGGUGCAGGAAAUCUCAUACUGCUCAUACGUGAGGGUGCAUCCUUCCAUGAUGAGUACACAAGCUCAGGGGGCCUACCAAAGUCAACUUAUUCCAUACUACCGUGCGUUUACACGAACUCGUCCACACAGACGUUACAGCCGACAGUUACAAGUGAACCCACCCCCAACAAUGUGAUAACCUCGAACAAUGUACAGAGCAGACCGUCCUUGUAUUCUGUAUUGUAUGGUUCAGGGAAUAAGAUUACUAUUAAGAGAAAACCCAAAGAAUCUACUGAAGUUAAGAAUAAGUGUGCGACCGUGAAAAAAGAAGUUGGCGAGAAGGCUGUGUUUAAGAAACCCCCUUCGAAGUGCAAUGUGAAACCAAAAAGAGGAUGUAGAUGCGGUAACGCGACCGCAACACCGGGUAAAUUAACAUGCUGCGGACAAAGGUGUCCGUGUUACGUCGACGGGAAGGCGUGCAUUGAAUGCAAAUGCAGAGGAUGCAGAAAUCCGCAUCGACCUGACGGCAACAAAGUUAGACCUCACAUUCCCGAAUUGUCUCAGAUUCAGUAUUUACCGACGCCCCAAAUACAACAGCCGACUAUUGUCGACCAAGACUUAUACAGAGACAUGCAUAAUGUUGUUAAAAUAAACAAUUUGGAUCCAUCUUACACCUCAUUUGAUUCACAGAGAUUCAAAACAUACAAAGGUGUUUUAAAUUCCAUGCAAAUACCCACAAACAUUCUUCUCAAUGGCCCAAUAAUACAAGACGAGGAAGAGGAGCCGGAAAUCACAGUUGUUUGACCCGACAAAACAGAUUCAGAAAAAGUUUAGGAAGUCUUAUUUACAACUAUUUAAUUAUUAUUUUUAUACACAGGACAAUCUAGUUGAUGUUUAAAAAAAGAAAGUAGAAAGAAAAAUUGUCUUGAUAAGCUCAGUAGAGUAGAUCUGAAAUAGAACACGUCCAUUUUCAAAUAACAUGCUGCAUUCUGUUACAUUUCACAUUUGAAAGGAUUUUGGACAAUUCGUUAUUACGUUGUUCUUCCAAAUAAGCGAAAUGUUCUUUAAGUCUAGUCAUUGUUUGGCGUUUGUCCAAUUUACUUACAAUCUUUUUAUUUUGUCAUAAAAUGUAAAUACUGUAAAUAAUUUUAAACUGUGGUUUCUAUAUACUAUUUUCACGUCUCUAGUAAAUUAUUGAUAGGAGAUAAAGUGUAUGUUUCUAGUAGUUCUAUUAGUAUAUUUUUAUAGAUACUUCAUUCGUACUUAAUUAAGCAGCUAUAGCAAUAGAAAUACAACUAAUUGUAACUAUUGGCUUAUCAAGAUUGUCUGUGUUAAUUGUCGUGUAAAUAGUUGUAUAUAUGUGCUAUGUGGAAAAAAAUAUAAAACUUUUUUAUCUUGUUGGUUGACAAAUUGUAAUUUCUUUAUAUAUAAUUUCUUUAUAUAUAAGUCCAAAUCUUUUGUUUUGCAAUUUUAUCAAUCACAAGAGAAAACAAUGGUUAUUUUAAAACAUUAUCCUGUAUAAGUCUCCUAAUGGUGGAGAGAGAGUAAUGGACUGUACUUUAAUUUUUGCUUUGAAAACAAAAAUAUAUGUAAAUUAAAGUGAAAUAAAAAUAUUUUAAUUAGA